AAGAAAUGAGAAGAGUUAAAGAGAAGUAGGAAAAUAUUAGAUAACUAACCAUACUCCACUGGAAUGUUUUUAAGAGUAAUAAAGUGAGGUCAAAGUACUCUAAUAAGACAUAAGGAUUGAAGAGCAAAUUUAAAUUAACCCGAGGAAAGACAGUGAACAGUAAAAGAAAGCUAGUACUAGAAGGACUUUGCAAUCAUGGUUACAUUGGACAUUCGCACCGUCACCAUGCCGGUUGGCAUUGUACGGAUACUGGAAAUUGUGCUGUCAUGUGUCUGUUUUAGCCUGGUGGCCUCUGUGGGCCAUUCUAACUCCUCCUACUAGGCCUGGCGCAUGUUCACCUGGUGCUUCUGCUGCUUCAUGACCCUCUUCAUCCUCAUCCUGGAAUUCACCAACCUCAGUGCCAAGGUACCAAUCUCCUGGGAUGACUUCACUACAGCCUUUGCCAUGCUGGCCACACUUAUGGUACUGGCGGCCUCGGUCAUUUACCCCACCUUCUUUGUUUGCUCUUCUUCUUCUUGUCACAUUGCUGCCUCAGUUAUAUCCUGCAUUUGUUUCAUUAUGUAUGCUGUGGAAGUAGGACUAAACCGAGCGAAAUCUGGUGAGAUUAGUGGCUUCCUGUCCACAGUUCCAGGCCUGAUGAAAGUUCUGGAAGCAUUCAUCGCCUGCAUCAUCUUCAUCUGUCUUGACCCAGGCAGAUACAAGCUCUUUGCCGGGUUGCAGUGGUGUGUGGCAGUUUACUCAAUCUGCUUCAUCUUUGCUAUCCUCAUCAUCAUCCUCACCAUCUGUAGGCAGCUAGCUCUGUGCCCCUUCCCAUUUGACAAAGUGCUCACCGGUUACAAUGUACUGGCUGUUAUGAUGUACAUGACGGCAGUGGUUAUAUGGCCACUUUACAGCUUUCAGGGAUAUCCAAGGCCAGAAGUCUGCAAUCACUGUUCCUGGGACAGUCUAGUGGUAGUGUCCUUUAUGACCUGUGUUAACCUCAUUGUCUAUAUUGUGGAUACAUGCUAUUCAGUACGUCUAGUGUUCUUUAUUACACCUGCUUAAGAACAGACUGCAUUAAUUUGCAUGUGAACCAGACAGUGUACUGCUUAAGAAUUAAGAGAAAGUUUACAGAUACUUUUUGAAUGCUUUUAAAUACACUCUUUGAAAUAUAGUAGUUAGGUAUCAUAACUUUGCUUUUGUUUUCACUUAAAUUUGUAUAAAUGAAAUUGAUAAAAUUGUGUACAAAUUCCUGGACAGCUUGCUAAUGUAUGUACCAUACUCACAUCUGCUAAACAUAUAUCACAUUGGUUAAAUGUUACAUCUAUGUAGCAUGGUAUGCUCAUGUAAUAUUAAGUCUACCUAUAUUGUUGACUACAGUUGUGUAAAGUACAUUCACUCUGCAAUUUUUAAAUGGAUUAAUGUUUAUAAGAGCCUGCUUUGGAAAUAAUUUUUACCUACUGUAUGCAGUGAUUCUAGUGACAUAAGUGGAUUCUAUUGGA